AAAUCCCCAUAGUUUUUUUGUUUCUUCACCAUCCAUGCGUGGUUCCCAUGGAUACCCACCUUCACGUGGCAACUACGAUACCUACAGUAGUCCAUCAGGUGGACAUGGACAAAUGGUAAUCAAUAUGAAGACUACAGUAACUACAAGUGGUGGACAACAUAAUGGAUUGGUGGUACAUAGUGCAAUUCAGUCAGCAAGUCCGAGUACUAGUCAGAGUUCAUGGAUGUCACCGUACUCAGAAUCUCCUUCUCGAAGACUUGAAGAUAGCCUUGAUAUGAUGAGAUCAAAUACUUCACUUCAUAGGUCAUCUCCUCUUCCAAUUCAAAUGGUACCCAGCACAUCUCGUGAAACAUUAAUAUCAGUUGGAAGAGAAGGAUCAUCUCGAAGAGAAAAUGGGUAUAUUGGAACACCUCCAAAACCUCCAUCACCGCCUCCGUCGCCCAUUUAUUCAUUUAAAGGUCGUGACUCACCUCCAGACGAGUUCAUUCAACCAACAAAGCUUGUUUUAAACGUCUUCCGACCGAAGCACCAAGAACUAUCAUGGCAAACCCCUAUAUCCCGUUCCCUAGUAACACAUGAUCCAUCUACUGGGGGUAUUCAAUUAUCAAAAAAGAAUGCAAUGUUGAAUGAUGCAGUAACAACAACAACUACAGUUGAAGUAUUUCGUGCUCCAACAAAUACAGAUAUGAUCUCAUUAACUCCGGCUUCAAAUGGUGGACCACCUCUGUUAGUAAGGACAAAUGGUCCACAAUAUGAGCAAUGGAAUGAUAGAAGAGUACAAACAAUGAUGGUCGAUGAUGAUCGAAGAGAUUUGGCAAAAGGUGUUCAAUGGAAAGAACGAUUGAUUGAAGAAAGUGAUCGAAGAUAUCGAGAUAACGGCAGUGAUUUCUACGACGAGAUAACUGAACCAACUCAAUUCAUUCAUCACGACUAUCGACCAAAACCAUUAGGAUUUCAAACAAUAACUCAUCCAAUUAUAAUGACUGGAUCUCGUGAUGAUCUUCGAUCACAACCACCGCAAUAUCCUGCUCCGUUAAGCCCAUUAUAUAUUGUUCCUGAUCGUCAUAGAAAUAUUGCAAACUCAGUUUCUCCUGGACAAUAUUCUAGAAGAAGUAAUGGAUAUGAAGAUAGAAGAAAAGAUACAGAAGAAUUGAGAGACGAGAGAAAACGAGAAAAUGAGCAAAAUCAAAAUAGGGAAAGAUACCACCAUCGUCGAUCAAAAUCCUCAAAUCGAGAUGAUGCUUCUGUCAGUCAUCGUUCACUUCGUCAUCGAAGCAUGUCUCCAGCAUCACGUCGAUCUUUUGGAACAUCACUCGGUGGCUCACAAGAAGAAAUCCUGAUGGAACGAGUAAUAGAUGAACUUGAAAUGAUUUCCUCACCUUUGGCAGAAUCCGAAGAUUCAUUAAUAUCUGAAAUGUCAACAAAAAAUGAUGUGGCGAGAUCAUCAUGGUUGGAAUAUCGAGGAAUACGAAGAAGAAUUGAAGAUGGAAAUGAAAGUGAUUUUGAAGAUGAUAGUGAAGUUUAUGGACCACCACCAAUUCCUGAGAGAGAUUAUUCAAGGCUCCGCCCACUUGCAUAUCGAAAACGAGGAGAAGAGUUUCCAAUGCGUCGUUCAAAAAGUUACGAGAGACCAAAUGUUACACGACUUCCAGAAAAGAAAUGGAUAAGAAAUACAAGAAGUUUAGUUGAUAAAUCAAGAAAAAUAAAUCCAAUUUAUGCAACACCAAUACGUAAAAAGAUUACAUCAAAAGCAUCAGUGGAGCCUCCAAUUAUUGAAGAAUUCUCUGAAGAAGUACCAAGAUAUGUGAGACCAUUGAAAACAUUUAAAAGUUCUGAAGAAAUUAUAAUAGAAGAAAAGGAAAAAGAAAAUAAGAAGGAAGAAAUGAAAGUUAUUCCAGUUAUUGAUAUGAGUACAGAAGUCGAAUUUUCAUCAAAAGUUGAAAGAUCUAUUGGAAAAUUAGCACGAGAAGAUUCUCUUACAUCUCUUUUAAAACGACAACUUUCAUCAAAAAAUCGUCGAAAAAACCGAGAAGAAUUGCCUGAAUAUGUUGAGCCAAAGGAUCCAAUUAUGAAGGAAUUGCAAGAAUUUCUGAAAAUUGAACCGAAAAGUUCAGAAGAAAACUCAAAUUCUCAGAAUUCUACAUUAACAUCAAUUGAGAAAGAACGAAAGGAGGAAUCAGAAGAAAAGGAAAAAGCUGUGCAGGCAGAUGAGCAUCGUUUGAUUGUUAGAGGUUGGCAGGAAUUACUGAAAUCAUCUUCAUCUUCGUCUUCGUCAUCAACAACAUCGACAAAUGUUUAGUCUUUUUUUUCAUUAUUAUUUGGUUUUCUAUGUUUCAUUCCCGUGUGGUACGGUCUAUAAAUUAAUUCCAUCUC